GAAACAAUAGUAAGAUGUUUACACUUUGACGCGGUUACCCAUGUUUCCCACCCUUUUCCUCACUGCUCCCCUCCUCAUCCACCCCAACCCAGUAUUUCCCCUCUUGUCUCCAGGAACGGGACAGUUUUAGGGGGGGAAAACAAGUGUGUGGAGCCAAGGAACAGGUCUGACCUCAGUUGCAGGAACUGGUGCUGUUCUAAAGUGGGGCUGUCAACGGCAACAUGAACACCAGUGAUCUGGGAACCAACUUUACCUUUGACUCCACCACAGCACACACACAGUUCAAUGUGUCAACCAAUACUAUCGCCCCCACCACCUCCUCCUAUUCUUUAGACAUCCAUGACCCAGAAUUCACCAUUAUGGUGGUGCUGGGCUUAACACUGCUGUUGGCAGUGUUGGCGAUCUUCCUGGCAGUGUGUCGGCGCUCUGAACAAGACGAGGAGUGUGAGGCGAGCUGUGGCUCAGGACAGACUCUGAAACAUGGACAAAGCCAGUCUAGUGAACCACAACUCAAGGUGUGGAAAAGGCUGGGCUCCUAUCGGCGCUCAUACAAUCUGUCCUUCAGAAGACCCCCUCAUCGGAGGCCACAUGAGCAUGGGAAGACACGUGCUUCCCAUUCUCCAGGCACACAGACAGAACAGCCGGGGAGCAGCAAGGAGCCCCACCUUACUACGCCUUGUCUGUAUGACUACGUCAUUGAGAUCUAGUUAGACAACUAGCCAAGGACUGAUUGUUAAACUGAAAUUGCAACUCACUAAAACCAGGCACAGGCAACUAUCCAGUCUAGUUUUGCUUUCCAAAUAUUUUUCGAUGUACAUCUUUCAGCAUUAUUAGCAGACGGAAAUACUUAUGAAAGCAUUUUUCUGCACGUAUCGGUAGUUUUAUAAAGAGUGUAAUGAGUGCAAACAACAAUAUGCUUGACUGUUCAUACAGCACUCCUAACAAGCACUUCAAGUAUCAUUAAAACACGAUUACUUUUAAUACUUCAAAUCUGAUUUGCACAAUUUAACAACUUAUCAGCUGUAAAAUGUAAAAUGCUACUUGCUUAUUUUUGGUCUAUGAGGAAGCUUAAACACAAGGAUUAUUCCUCUGCAUCACAUAGCCCUAAUAGUUGUGAUGGAGUGCAACAUGUCCAUCUGCUCUUCCAAUUUAAUUACGGUAGGUCUAAUACAUUCACAAUUCCACUUGAAAUAUACUGUACAGUA